AUGAGCAGACGGCUGCAAAUAUUUGAAAUUAUUAUCUCAUAUUUCUUGCCAGUGGUCAUUAUAACCAUAUUAGAUUUGAAGGUGAUAUUAUGCAGAGCGGUCUGGUUUUCAACAAGUCCAAAGCGCAGCCACAAAGCCGCCAAACAAAAGGCAAGCGUAUCAGAAGGAGUAGUCAUAUCCCCGGAAGCUAGUAUGAAGCUCUCCAGCGAUAACAAGAACAUGUCAAGGGCGCGAUCCACAAACGAUCUGAACAGCUCAUCAAGAUUCAAACGACGCCAACAAAUGAAAGUGCUUCGCCGAUGCCUUUGCAUCACAAUAUUCGACCUAUCCAUGAAUUUGCCAUCGUACUUGCUUCGUCUUUAUCUGUCACUUGUCCCCGAAAACCUGGUGAUUGAUUGGAGAACGAUCGGCGUGGUUGAAGAAAUUUCGCAAGUCAUGUAUUUUGCACAAUUCGCUCUCAAUGCUGUCUACCUAGUCUGUAUCAUUUACGACAACCCACGCAAACGGCAUAAAGCUCCGAGUACACAACUAAGCGCUGCCACGUUUACCCCGCGCGCGAGCUGUCGGCGAAGUCUUCAUCGGGUUCCGAGCUUCAUAUAA